UACAUACAUCCCUCUGGCAGAGCCAAAAUCUCUCUCGGUUUCCAGUUCACGAAUCCCUAGAAGAAUUAAUGGAACAGAGGAAGUACAGAGCCGAUCUUCUUCCGUCUCCCUUCCUUCUCGUCCUCAUUUUCCUCUCCCUUUCCGGCCGAUCUCUCGUUAACGCCUACCAGAACUACACCGUCGGUGAUUCCCUCGGUUGGUUCGAUGAAUUGGAGAAACCUGCCGUCGAUUACCAGAACUGGACCGUUGGCAAGACCUUCAGCCUCGGCGAUUUUCUAAUUUUCAACACGGACAACAAUCACUCAGUUGUGCAAACUUACAAUUUCACUACAUACAACCUUUGCGACUAUGACGACGCAUCGGAAGACGACACGACGGAAUGGUCCGCCGCCGACCCAUCCGCGACCACUCCUCACGCUGUGACGGUGGCCGUGCCGCUGGUGAAAGAAGGGGCCAACUAUUUCUUCUCCGGGCACUACGACGGUGAACAAUGCCAAAAUGGGCAACAUUUCAAAAUAAAUGUCACUCAUGGACAGGGCCUUCCGAAGAGCUUGGGAGACUCUUCCGACGAAGCUCCAGCUCCGGUAGUUCCCGACUCGGGCGACCGAACCGAAUCAGCACCCGACACCAUCGUCCCUUCCAGUUUCGACAAUCCCAGAAACGACGUCGCUGAUAAUGAUAGCGACAAGAAGGAAAGUUCAGGUUCCAUUUCGCUAGUGUCGCUUCACUUCAAGUUUAACGAGUUUUUCUUCUUGUUAGUUGGUACUGCUUGCAUAUUUCUUUUUACAGAGUGAUUUUGUUUUUACUUUUAUCGAUUUUUUUAUUUAAUUAUUGCUGUUUUUAAUAUUCAAAUAAUAUGGGUCUUUUUACUCGGAUAUCAGGUGAUAUAUAGUUAGCUUUAUAUAUAUAUAUAUAUAUAUAUACAUAUAUACAUAUAGGUUUUAUUUAGGAUUUUCUACCCUCUUUUGUGCAUUUAAUACAAAAUAUAUCUGUAAUAAUGGCUUUAUAUAAUUGUUAGUGAAACUAUUUUAAU